UGAGUUCAAACCUACCAUAAUAGAGCUAACCCUUUUUCAGGCAAAGGUGAAAACAGAGGCAAGUGGUUUUUUCCACCCCUUUUGAGCCAGAGCGAGAAGAGAAAAACAGAAGGCUGAGCUUCUCAGAAAUUCCAUAUUCCCCACUUUAGAGUAAAAGACAAGACAUUAAUGACGACAAAACCAUCAUACCACCACGCUUUGUCCACAACGUAGUCAUCUAACGGAGGCCUGAGAGAGAGUGAGAGAGGGAAAGAACUGAAUUGAUGAUGGAAACAGAGGAAAUCCCCCAUACUCAAUUCAAGUACCGACACUUUCUUCUUCAGCUUCUUUUUUUUUUUCUGUUUUUUGCUCCUCUGUUCCACAACGUUGGUUCUGUUCUGUUCUUGAACAAUGAUUCAAGACGAAGGCAUAUCCACCAUAACUUCCACCCCUCUCCAAUUCUUCACAAUGAUGCCUCUUUCACCCAAAUUGGGUUCUCCAUAUCUAUGGCUUAGAGAGCUCAAAUCUGAGGAGAGGGGUUUGUAUCUAAUCCAUUUUUUGCUUACUUGUGCAAACCAUGUAGCUGUUGGUAGACUUGACAGUGCUAAUCUUGCCCUUGAUCAAAUAUCACAUCUUGCUUCUGCUGAUGGUGAUACAAUGCAGCGCAUUGCGGCGUACUUCGCCGAGGCUCUUGCGGAUCGAGUCCUCAAGACAUGGCCUGGUCUUUACAAGGCCUUUAACUCCACUAAGAUACCAAUGGUUUCAGAGGAGAUUCUUGUUAAGAAACUGUUCUUUGAAAUGUUUCCUUUUCUCAAGGUGGCUUUUGUGCUUACUAAUCAAGCUAUUGUUGAAGCCAUGGAGGGGGAAAAGAUGAUUCAUAUAAUUGAUCUUAAUGGGAAUGAAACUGCUCAGUGGCUUGCACUUAUGCAAGUAUUGAGUGCUAGGCCUGAAGGGCCUCCCCAUUUGAGAAUCACCGGUGUUCAUCCACAGAAGGAGAUUCUGGAUCAAAUGGCUCCUAGGUUGACAGAAGUAGCUGAAAAAUUGGAUAUCCCGUUUCAAUUCAACUCCGUUAUCAGCCAACUUGAGGAUCUCGAUAUCGAAAAGCUUCGUGUAAAAACCGGGGAGGCUCUGGCUAUCAAUUCAGUUCUUCAGUUGCACACCCUUUUGGGCUCUGAUGAAGUCUUGCAAAAGCCAUCUUCAUCAGCAGCCAAGAGUGCAAAUGUAGUUCAAUACUCGAGAUACUCGUUGAGUGAGUUACUCGACAAGGAUUUGGUUCACAGGUGCAGUCCAAGCCCCGACUCGGUUUCCUCAUCAGCUCUAUCUCAAUCUAAUGCAACAAAGAUCAACAGAUUUUUGGAUGGAUUGUGGAGCUUGACGCCGAAGGUGAUGGUUGUGACAGAACAAGAUUGUAACCACAAUGGUUCAACUCUUAUGGAGAGAUUACUAGAGGCACUCCACACCUAUGCAGCUAUUUUUGAUUGCUUGGAGUCUAACAUGUCAAGAACAUCCGUGGAGAGGUUGAAGUUGGAAAAGAUGCUAUUUGGGGAAGAGAUUAAGAACAUCAUAGCUUGUGAGGGAGUAGAGAGGAAGGAACGACAUGAAAAACACGAGAAAUGGUGUCAACGAUUCCAUAUCGCCGGGUUCAGGCAUGUGUCUUUGAGUUAUUAUGGCAUGCUGCAGGCACAUAGCCUGUUGCAGGGCUAUGGUUGUGAUGGUUAUAGGAUGAAGGAAGAGAAUGGUUGUGUGAUGAUUUGUUGGCAAGAUCGUCCAUUGUUCACAGUAUCAGCUUGGAGGUGCUGUAAUAGAAUGAAUAUAGAAACUGCUUUCUCAUUAUAGGCCAAAGAAUUCUUUUCAUUUCUAUUAGAUUAGCGUACGGGAAUGAUCACGAAAUCGUCUUCUUACCCGAAAAAUCCCCGAGGCCUCCAUAUGUUUGUUCAAACUAAUAUAUCAUCACAUUUGUUUUACUUCC